CGCCUCGGCGGGAGGCUCGCACUCAGCCCGGCUCCGCUCGGCGCACGGGAGGUUUCGGUAAGCUGCAGCUCUCUCUUCUUCCCAAGGCUGCAAAUCCAGCUGACAAACCCUCGUCUCGCCCGCGGAUCUCAGCUCGGCUGGCGGCUCCGGGACUCUCCUUAAGUGGGGCUUUUACGGCUUUUUAGGACUGGGGAAGGCGUGGGACGGCUGUGGAAACUCCAGGAAACUCCUGGUCCCUUCUGGAGACACCGAUGGUCACCAUGAAAGGCUGGAUCCUCCUCCUCCUCUUGGGAGCCACAUGUGUUUUAGGACAAAGGAUUCUGAAACCAGCCCUCACCAGGGUCCAGAUAGGACAGAGAACCUUCAGCCCGCUGGUAAUGCUCAGCUUGGAGAGUACCAGGAGCAGCUCUCGCCGCGGAGACCCAACCUUCACCUACGUCAGACGCAGUCCACUGGUGCAAGAUUCAAAAAGGUUUUUGUCUCCAUGGUCGAAAUGGAGCGAGUGCUCAGCAGAGUGUGGCCAAACCGGGGUGCAGAAGCGUACCAGAUCCUGCCUGGCUGAGCGCCGCUGGGGCGUGCACUGCAAUGAAGCAACUGAGGAAGGGCGGCUCUGCAUUGGACAUGUUUGCUCAGCCUGCAACAUCACCUGCCCCAUGGGCCAUGUCAAUGCUGACUGUGACACCUGCAUGUGUGAGGAUGCCACCCUGCAUGGGAAGGUGUCUCUCGAGGAUGGGUCACCUGCUGCCGAUGCCCGGGUCUACCUGCAAACCAAGAAACUCAAGCUGUUGACAGUGGCUGAUAACAGAGGCAUGUUUAGGAUCCCAGGGGUUUGUCCUGAUGGGAAAAACACCCUUAAAAUAAAGAAAGCCAAAUAUGCAACAGCGACUGUCACCGUGCCUGAGAGCAACCGGAGAAACCUGGCAAUCCAAGUGCAGCUGCACCGAUCAGGCAAACCCUACGUUUUCAGGAGCCCUGAGGACAAAGCCAGGAGAGAGGGACAGAGCGUGUCACUGUGCUGCGAUGCCCGAGGGAGCCCAGCUCCCGACCGCUACCUCUGGUACCACAAUGGCUCACUGCUGGAUCCCUCCUUGUACAAAUAUAAAAACAACCUGAUUCUGAAGAACCUGAAGAGAGAACAGUCAGGAGAGUAUUUCUGCAAGGCCAGCAGUGCCGGAGGGUCAGCAAAGUCCCAAGUUGCCAAGCUGGCUGUCAUAGGAAGACAAGAGGCAGCCUGUGACUCCCAACCCCAAAGCCACCUCAUCCGACUUCCUCAUGAUUGCUUCCAAAAAGCAACAAACUCCUUCUAUUACGACGUGGGCAAGUGCCCAGCAAAGACCUGUGUGGGGAAACUGGAUAAGGGACUUCGGUGUAAGGACAAUGUCUCCUACUGCUGUGGGGUAUCCAGGAUGGAAACCAGGGACAUCUCCUGCGAUGGCUACACGCUCCCCACUAAAGUCAUCGUUGAAUGUGGUUGCAAAAUAUGCACCGAGACCAAAAUAAUGGUUCGAGGCAGAGCCACAGCAGCAGAUAAUGGGGAGCCACUGAGGUUUGGCCACAUCUACAUGGGGAACAAGAGAGUGAGUAUGACUGGCUACAAGGGAACCUUCUCCAUCCACGUCCCAGCAGAUAUGGAGAGACUGGUUCUAACUUUCGUGGACCGGCUGCAGAAGUUUGUGAACACAACAAAAGUUCUGCCCUUCAAGGAAAAUGGAGGUGCUGUAUUUCAUGAGAUCAAGCUACUAAGAAAGAAAGCCCCUGUUACACUGGAAUCCACCGAAACCAACGUGAUUUCUUUGGGGGAAAUGGAAGAAGAUGAUCCAAUUGCUGAAUUAGAAAUUCCUCCCAAUGCAUUUUAUAGGAAAAAUGGAGAGGUCUACAAUGGCAAAGUGAAAGCCAGUGUGACAUUCCUGGACCCAAGAAACAUCUCCACAGCCCCUGUGACACAAAGUGACCUGAACUUUGUAGAUGAGGAAGGAGACGUAUUUCCGCUCCGCACGUACGGAAUGUUUUCUGUGGACUUCACAGAUGAACAGGGCACCGAGUCCCUCAAUGCAGAAGAGGUGAAGGUUCAUUUGGAUGCUGCUCAGGUCAAGAUGCCAGAGCAUGUGCAAGAGAUGAAGCUUUGGUCCCUGAACCCAGAGACGGGGUUAUGGGAGGAAGAAGGGGACUUCAACAUUGAGAAAAGCACACGGCGCAAAAGGGAGGAGAGAACGUUUUUGGUUGGGAACAUGGAGAUCAAAGAGAGGCGUCUUUUUAACCUGGAUGUCCCCGAGAGCAGACGGUGCUACGUCAAAAUCCGAGCCUACAGAAGCGAGAGAUUUCUGCCAAGUGAGCAGAUCCAAGGGGUUGUGAUUUCUAUCAUAAACAUGGAGCCAGAGCCAGGGUUCUCCUCCAACCCCAGAGCAUGGGGCCGUUUCGACAGCGUAGUCACUGGUCCCAACGGCGCCUGUGUGCCCGCCUUCUGCGAUGAGCAAAACCCUGAAGCCUAUGGAGCUUAUAUCUUGGCAAGUAUGGGGGGUGAAGAGCUCGAAGCUGUGCCCUCUGCUCCCAAACUGAACCCUGUUGCUAUUGGGGUCCCACAGCCAUACCUCAACAAGCUCAACUACAGGAGGACAGAUCAUGAGGACUCCAACAUCAAGAAAACAGCAUUCAGCAUUAACAUGGCCAAACCAAGCCCUAAUUCCCCAGAAGAGAACAACGGCCCUAUUUAUGCCUACGAAAACCUCAGUGAAUGCGAGGAAGCUCCACACAGUGCUGCUCACUUCAGGUUUUACAGGAUAGAAGGAGACCGGUACGACUACAACACUGUUCCCUUCAGUGAAGAUGAUCUCAUGAGCUGGACUGACGACUACCUGGCGUGGUGGCCCAAGCCCAUGGAAUUUAGAGCCUGCUACAUUAAAGUAAAAAUAAAUGGACCCCAGGAAGUGAAUGUAAGAUCUCGUAACAUGGGUGGGACACACCCACGCACCAUUGGCAAGCUCUACGGCAUCAGGGACGUGCGCAGCAUCCGUGACCCGCAGCAGCGGGACGUGUCGGCAGCCUGCCUGGAGUUCAAGUGCAGCGGAAUGCUCUUCGACCAGGACCGCGUGGACCGCACGCUCGUCAAAGUGAUCCCACAAGGCAACUGCCGUCGAGUGAGCGUCAACAGCAUGCUCCAUGAGUACCUGGUGAACCACCUCCCCAUGGCCACCAACAACGACACCAGUGAGUACACAAUGCUGGCACCUCUUGACCCGCUGGGACACAACUAUGGCAUCUACACAGUCACUGAUCAAGACCCAAGGAUUGCCAAGGAAAUUGCCCUGGGCAGGUGUUUCGAUGGCACAUCUGAUGGCACGUCCAGAACCAUGAAGAGUGAUGUCGGCGUCGGGUUGACUUUCACCUGUUCAGAGAGGAGUCCGAGAGAGCAAAGCAUCUUCCAGUCUCAGAGGAACUUGGGCCAGCAGUCUCCGAGGGAUCCGGGCCAGCAAUCUCCAAGGGACUCAAGUCAGCAGCCUGUGGGAGACUUGGGUCGGCAGCCUCCGAGAGACUUGGGUCGGCAGCCUCCGAGAGACUUGGGUCGGCAGCCUCUGAGAGACUUGGGCCGGCAGCCUGUGAGAGAUUUGGGUGAGCAGCCUGUGAGAGACUUGGGUCAGCAGCCUGUGAGAGACUUGGGCCGGCAGCCUCCGAGAGAUUUGGGUGAGCAGCCUGUGAGAGACUUGGGUCGGCAGCCUCCGAGAGACUUGGGUCGGCAGCCUCCGAGAGACUUGGGUCGGCAGCCUCUGACAGACUUGGGUCGGCAGCCUGUGAGAGACUUGGGUCGGCAGCCUCUGAGAGACUUGGGUCAGCAGCCUCUGACGGACUUGGGUCGGCAGCCUGUGAGAGACUUGGGUCGGCAGCCUCCGAGAGACUUGGGUCGGCAGCCUGUGAGAGACUUGGGUCGGCAGCCUCUGAGAGACUUGGGUCAGCAGCCUCUGACGGACUUGGGUCGGCAGCCUGUGAGAGACUUGGGUCGGCAGCCUCCGAGAGACUUGGGUCGGCAGCCUGUGACAGACUUGGGCCAGCAGCCUCUGACAGACUUGGGUCAGCAGCCUCUGACAGACUUGGGCCAGCAGUCCAUCCUGGUUCUGCCAGGGGAGAGCCCCGCGUACCGGAAGCUGCCAGCAAGCCGCCAAAACAACCAAGCCAGGAUCCCGAUGAGAGAUCAACGUCCCACCUACUAGAGCUGUAUAGGAGCAUUGGUAAAGUCACUCAUGCUCAAUUAAAUAUAAUUUGAAAGUAACAUCAACCUGCUAAAUAAUGUAAAAAGCUGGUAGGAGUCAUUAUUUAUGAAGUGCCUUUUUUUUUUUCCCCACCAGAAAGGAAAGACGUAAGGUGAGAACUUGGGGCCAGCAGAGGUAGUGAGUUUGUGUCUUAUUAAAUGCAUCCAUAAAAAUCUUCUUUCUGCCUGACAUUAAACAGCUUCACGUGAUAGCCUAAAGGGAAGACUAAACAUAUGAUUCAAUUAAGUCAUGUACAUAAAACAUUCUUCUGUUCUGCAUCUGCAGACUUUGCCAGCCCAAGUACCUGUACAGUAGUUGGUAACAGGAAAAGGAAUAAACUGAUUUCCUCAUACUGAAUUCAACUGCAAGGUUUCGUACUUGAAAUGUAAGUAUUUUAUUUAUUGCUAGCUUGUUUUAGAAUGACUGUAUUCAAGCUAAACUACUGGCAGCUGCAUUUCUAAGAACUCACAUGCUCAAUAGAACAGAGAAGCCAUGUGGAUUUGUACGCUCCAUGUGGAUACAGCUAGAGUUUUCUCUUGCUUCUUGCCUUAUCUGUCAAGAGAAUCCACGCUCUAUGAUAGCGUAGGUUAAUAAAAGAAGUAAUUUCAUAACUUCAACAACGUGUCACUUUUGUGUGUGAAAUGACCAAGUAAAUAGACCACAUGUAGAGCUGAGCAAAGGACAACCAGCAGGAUUUCAUCUUUCUGUUCGCAAACAGGUCACAACUUUAUCAGUGUGAGACUGAUCCUGGAUAUGGGUAAGGGGUUUUGUGGGUGCCUGGUUCUCCUGUAGCUCCAGAGUUUGGCCAUGGCAUGCUGCAGUCAGGGAAUUUCUCCCCAGCUUGACAUAUAGGGAGUCAGCAAUGGUUCUGGGAGAAUCAAAGCAGCAGGUCUGGGCAGGGAUGAAUUAAGCAGUGGCACAAGCUGGAGAGAAAAGAAGGCUGGGAAUUCAUACUUUAAGGAUGGCAAGAAACCAGACAAUACAGAGCAGUGCUGGGUGGAGUUAGGGAGAAGCCAGGCUUCCCUCCACACCCAGCAGCAGUGAGCAUAAGGAGCUGGCAAGAAGUGCUCUUAGCUGAAGGUACAGCUGGCCACAGAAGGGGUCAGCGAUCCCUCUCCAAGUGACCUAUUAAAUUGUCCCUUUCAACCCCCCCAUCCUUCCUGGAGUGAAAUCAAGGCCCUCACAGCACAGAAGACACCUUCUGUUUACAGGUAAACACUGGCAAUAAAUUUUUGGGGUGCAGACAAGCCAGCAAGUCUUUGACACAAAAAUUCCCACUAAGAGAGAUCAUUAAAAGAUGGACAAUGCUAUUGGAUGUAAACUGGAACUCAAACACAUACUCCAACAUGGAUUUCCCUCUCCUACCCAGUCCUCUCCUACAGAUAUGAAGCCAGUUCUAGGCAUAUGCUGCCAUACCCACUGCCAUAGAGUAUAGGAAAUAGAGAAUCUUUCAAUAGUGUUUAGCAAGCUUCAGAACAGGUUCUCAAGUCUGACGCAGGGCAGGCUGAAUUAUGCUUUAACAGGUAAAAAAACCCCUUAAUAAUCCACCUUUUAAUGCAAAUUGACAGUUAUCAAAGAAAAGUAGGAAAGGAAGAACUGUGGAAUACUCUGGCACAUCCUCUUCAUACCAAUGAAUUUAGACUCUGUGUAUUUUCUUUUGUGUCUAGUCUGCUGCAAGGGCUUGGCAGGAGCCGGAGCCAAAGUGGCCAGUGGGGAGCAUUAGCUUGGACCUUCCCACAGAGCUCUUGGCUUGUGCAGAGAAAUGUCUCUUCCCUCUGCUCCCCUCCUCCUCUGCAGACAGACAGCCAAAUCCCAAACUUAGUUUCAUCACUCUGAGAGUGAAGUAACACAAAUUACUUCUACAGACUAAUCCAGGAGAUAAAUGGAAGAAAGCAGGCUCAGGAUCUGAUCCCUGUGCUGCAUGUGGGCUUGCCAGUCAAACAAAGCAGACUACAGGGCUCUUCCUUCUGGGGAGAAAUGUGUGUUUAACAGUACUGAAAUGGUCACAGCUCUACAGCCUGGAACAGCCAGAAGCUCUCCAAGUUUCCCCAAGCUGUCCCCCUCUGCAGCUUAGCGCUGACUUGGAGGAACAAACUAAUCUGUGCACUCACUGAGUCCCUGAGCUCUCCCAGGAGGCUGCUGGCAGACUGUGCUGGACACAGAGAAAGACAGAGGUUUCAAACACGGGUGCUUAAGCACUACCAACAGAAAACAACCUUGACAUAACCACCACUCAGUCUAACACUUCACCAUUACUGAUGAGCCACCAUCCCACUCACAUAAAUUUUAUGCUACAGUUCAAUGUCAGUUCUGACUCCUCCAGCUUGUGUUUAUGUCAGUGUUUAUGUCAGUGUAUGGCAGUGUCCAUUCUGCAGCCUGAAACCUAACCCACACUCCCACAUAGCAGAGAGCAUCAGCUGGAGGAAUGCAAGAAGGCUGGGACUCAGCUCCUCCCUUGGCCUUAGCCUUUGGACCACCAACCUUGAGAACAGACUGAAGGAGACCUGGCUCCCAAACAUCAGCAGGUUUGUGGCUAAUGGCAAAGCAUCUCCCACUAAGGUCACUUAGUUUCCCACAGAUAAAUCCAGUGACCUAUCCCUCCUACUUUUAAAGAAGCUAUCAGGAUGCUAGCAGAUAGGAUAAAUAAAAGGAGAG